GCCCCCUUUACUCUGAUGACGUCACUCGCGGAGUUGUCAUGGCGUCUUUGGGACCGAGGCUGCUGCUGCAAUUUAGCUAAAAAAAAAAUCUGUCGACAAGCUGUAAAUCGAAAUGGAGAAAAAUGCAAACCUGCACCGAGACACUGACGGGAGCUCUCUGUGCGCCACGAUCGCGGGAGAGAUGGGCGACGUUAAGGCUGUCGGCGGAGUGAAAGGAACAGCGGAGAAAUGCAAGAAUAGUGAGGCUCCUCUCAGUACUUUGGUUAACGUUAGUUGUAAUAACAGCACCACAAACGUUAGUGCUCCCGGCGCCGUUAAUGUCAUUUCCAGUGCCGGGAAGUCCGACGUGCCAGCAGUGAUCCAAGUCCCCCCGGUGCAGGAGGAGAAGAAGAAGAAGGACACCGAGGCGAGCGGGUCGUGGUCCGGGGAUCAGAUCAGUAACGGGAUGGGGCAUGAGUCUCUACUGGCUGCAGGAGAUAACGAGGGUGGUGCCCUAAAGUUAGUAAACAACAAAAACGACGGCCCGUCCUCACCUUCCGCCGGAGAGAGUGCAAAUGUCGAGGCUGAGGUUUCUGCUUGUGGAAAUAACGAGCCGACAAAACUUGUCAAACCGACUCAUCUAUGUCCGGACAGCGCAAUCACAGCAAGCGUCAAACCGGGGCUGUCCGGUGAUCACACCUUAUCGGAGGGAUUACCGAGUGGGAGUGACCCCGAUCCCAGCCUCGGCGGAGAAUCCCGAAGCAUUGAUUCACUUGAGUCCUUCUCCAACCUCAACUCAUGCCCCAGCUCUGACCUGAACAGCGAGGGGCUGGAGGACAGAGGGCUGGCACUGGCCCUGCAGAGCGAGUACGGGGUUGAUGGGACGAAGACUUGCACCAAGGACCGGGCCGCCGGCCAGUCCAUAUACCACAUUAAGUGGAUCAAGUGGAGGGAGGAGAACACGCCGAUCAUCACUCAAAACGAGAACGGCCCGUGUCCAUUACUGGCAAUUAUGAAUGUCCUUCUGCUCGCAUGGAAGGUUAAGAUGCCACCUAUGAUGGAAAUUAUAACUGCUGAGCAACUAAUGGAAUAUCUUGGAGACUACAUCCUGGAAACCAAGCCAAAAGAGAUAUCAGAGGCUCAGCGAUUAAACUAUGAGCAGAACAUGAGUGAUGCCAUGGCAGUGUUGCACAAGCUGCAGACCGGCCUCGAUGUCAAUGUAAAGUUCACAGGGGUGCGAGUCUUCGAGUACACACCGGAAUGCAUUGUGUUUGAUCUACUGGACAUCCCUCUCUACCACGGCUGGCUGGUCGACCCCCAGAUGCAUGACAUUGUCAAGGCAGUGGGCAACUGCAGCUACAACCAGCUGGUAGAGAAGAUAAUAUCCUGCAAACAGUCAGACAACAGCGAGCUGGCAGGGGAAGGCAUUGUGGCAGAGCAGUUUCUGAGCAGCACAGCCACUCAGCUGACGUACCACGGCCUAUGUGAGCUCACAUCCACAGUACAGGAGGGAGAGCUCUGUGUCUUUUUCAGGAAUAACCACUUCAGCACUAUGAUCAAAUACAAGGGCCAGCUGUACCUCCUUGUUACAGACCAAGGUUUCCUGACAGAGGAGAAGGUCGUGUGGGAGAGCCUGCAUAACGUUGAUGGAGACGGCAACUUCUGUGAUUCAGAGUUCCGAUUGCGGCCUCCAUCGGAUCCGGAGACUGUGUACCGCGGUCAGCAGGAUCAGAUAGACCAGGACUAUUUAAUGGCGCUGUCGCUGCAGCAGGAGCAGCAAAGCCAGGACCUACAGUGGGAGCAAAUCCCUGAGGGUAUCAGUGACAUGGAGCUGGCUAAAAAGCUCCAAGAGGAGGAGGACCGACGAGCCUCCCAGUACUACCAGGAGCAAGAGCAGGAGCAGGCGGCAGCAGCUGCAGCAGCGGCACAGGCACAGCAGGGUCAGCAGGAGCCUGCAGAGGGAGACGAGGCGGACAGAGGGGGAGCCGGAGCUGGUGGAGCAGCCGCCGGCGCUGGGACAGGAGCAGCAGCUGGAGCCACACCCAGUCCGGGAAAACAGUCCUCCAGCGGGGAACGCAAACCCAAGAAAGAAUCGAAAGAUAAAGACAAAUGUGUCAUUUUGUAACAUACAGCGCGUCCGUGUGAGUGUGCGUGUUUUGUGCAUUUGCUUAUCUGUGAGAAAGGGGACUGCAUCUGUUUCUACGUGGAUAUCAGACACACAACGCACAGCCCCGACUUGACAACAAACAAGGGAAGGAGAUGUUUGACUAACAAGAGGAUUUGCUGUUCCCAAACCACUGGUGCCUGCUAUCCUCUAUCCUCAGCGGAACCUGGACAUCAGAGGAAGGGACACUACAACGACAACUACCCCUUAUCUUUGAUAGAGUCAGCCAAACUUUGUUACAAGUUGCACAGUGCACUAUAUUUGUGAUGUGGGGUCAAGUUUAUUUGGGGUGGUACAUUUUAUAGCAACAGACAUCGUGAAGAAACAAAAGGUCACCCUGUCAAUAUGUUUUUCUCCAAAAAAACAAACAUUCAUUUCAUUAUUAUUUUUAAAAUUGCAGCUUAUAAGCUUU